AUGGGCGAGAGCGCCGUGGUCGACAAGGACCCGGCCAGCGGGAAGGCCUCGAUGGAGGCGGGGGGCAGCGACGACGCCACCAAGGCCGGCGACGGGGUCGAGCACAUGGACAAGGAGGAGCUGGUCCAGAAGGGCCUCAUCGCCGAGGUGACGUACAAGGACAUCUUCAAGCGGUUCGUGCUUCUCGGCUGGACCGCGUUCGGCGGCCCCGCGGCGCACAUCGCCAUCUUCCAGAAGCUCUUUGUCGAGAACCUCAAGUGGAUGUCCCUGGGGGUGUUCACCGAACUCCUCGCGCUCGGACAGUGCCUCCCGGGACCCACCUCGACGCAGAUGUCAUUCGCCAUCGGCGUCGUGUCCAAGGGCAUCCCGGGCGGCCUCCUCUCGGGCAUCCUCUUCCAGUACCCAGGCCUCAUCAUCAUGACCGUCGUCGGCGCCGGUGCGGCCGAGUUCCUCGCGUCCCCCGACGCAUGGCUGCGGGCCAUGGCACAAGGCUUCGGCGCGACGGGCGUGGCCCUGGUCGCCGGCGCGGCGGUGAGUCUGGCGAUGAAGCUGUGCCCCACGAUCGACCUCCGCGCCCUGUGCGCCAUCUCGGCGGUGCUGGCCUUCUACAUGCCCGAGCCAUGGAUGUUCCCGUCCCUCAUCGCGUUCGGCGGGCUCGUGACGCUGUACGUGAACCGCAAGAAGGACAUGCGCCGCGCGGACGCCGAGGGCGACGUCACGAGCCUGGGUCUCGGGAUGUGGAGCGGCGGCGCGCUGAUCCUGGUGUGGCUCGCCGUGCUCGUCUCCGUGAUCGUGGCGCGCAGCCAGACGGACUACGACGACGACCACAUCAAGCCGCUCCACUGGUUCGAGGCGUUCUACCGCAUCGGGUCGCUCAUCUUCGGCGGCGGGCAGGUCGUGCUGCCCAUGCUGAUCGACGAAGUGGUGCAGGACGACUGCCCGCUGCAGCCCGACGGGACGAACGACUGCCCGGACUCCUGGGUCUCCACCGAGCAGUUCCUGGCCGGUCUCGGCCUGGCGCAGGCGAUGCCCGGGCCGCUCUUCAACCUGUCGGCGUACCUCGGCGCCGUCAUGGCGAUCCGCGCCGGCAUGCCGUUCAUCGCCGGCGUCGCGGUGUGCUGGAUCGGCCUCUUUGGCCCAGGCCUGAUGCUCAUCUACGGCGUGCUGCCGUUCUGGGGCAAGUUCCGCAGCCAGCCGGUCUACCGGCGCGCCCUGCCCGGUCUGAACGCCUCGGCGGUCGGCCUCGUGGUCGCGGCGGUGUUCUCGCUGUUUUUGAAGAUUUACCUGAACGACCUGAUGGACUGGAAGAAGGCCUCGGUGUGCAUCAUGAUCAUCUCCUUCGCCAGCGUCGAGUACCUCAAGGUGCCCGCGCCGCUCAUGGUGCUCGGGGGCGGCGUCCUGGGCCUCAUCGCGCACUACGGCGGCCUUGAGUAG